UUCUCUCUCAAGCUUUCACUUUCACUCACCAGACUUUGAGGGGACAUACACAGAGAUAAAAAUGGCUGAUAAUGAUUCAGCAAAUCAAACAUCUUCAGCUGAGAUGGUAGAAUCUAACCAAGAUCUUUUAACACAGAUCCUCUUGCAUUUCCCUGUUAAAUCUCUUCUCAAGUCCAAAUGUGUCUCCAAAAGAUGGCUUUCUCUCAUUUCUGAUCCUCAAUUUGCUGCUAAAAUCAGCCAUUUGAACGUCAACCUUGGUCCCUCUGGUCUCUACUACUACGGCAGCCCUUUUGGCUUCCUUAACUUUGACACAAAUCACAACAUGCUUAAGGUACCAUCUCUGUCAUUUCUCAAUGUUACAGGCAUUGAAAUUUUGCAGUCAUGCAAUGGCUUGCUGUUGCUUCUCUGCAGUUUUAGUUCGGACAAUGAUUCUGGUUUUACUUACUGUGUUUGUAAUCCCACCACCAAGAACUUUGUCACUGUUCCUUUACCUAAUGCAACUGCAAACAGGUCCAUAGCCGGUAUUAAUUUAGCUUUUGAUCCUUCAAAAUCCACCCAUUAUAAAGUCAUCUGUGUCUUGAUGAAUAACAUGCAAUACCUAAAUCUCAAUGAGAUUGAACACCUUGUUUCUCCUACAUAUCAGAUUGAGAUCUUUUCAUCAGAAAAUAAAGCUUGGACUGACUCUGGUGGUCCAUUCGAAGCACCAUAUUAUACAGACUUCGAGCACGGGGUGUUUUGCAACGGUGCAAUCCAUUGGCUUAGCCCCACUGAUGUUUCCCUUUACUUUGAUGUCGAAACUGAAAGCCUGAAAACAAUGGCAAUGCCAAGGAUUCAGACAGGAGGACCAUCUGGUUACUGGAGCUCUCAAAGGUUCCCCUAUUUUGGACAGUGUACUGGCUGUUUACACCUUAUUGAAGUUGACUCCAUAAGCAAACCAAGGUUUCAUAUACUGGAAAUGAAGCCUGAUCACUCUCACUGGUGUGUUAAAUACAGAGUUGAUCUCAACAAUGUGGCAUCUGAGUUCCCAGAGAUUGCUAGAAGGUAUAUGGAUGAGUUUCCUACUCUAGCACUGAAUAAUGUGGAGGAGAUUGAAGUUCAGUAUUAUGCAUAUUCAAUACUAAGUGUUGUGAGAGGGGAAAAAGAUGAAGAUGUUGAAGUGGUGAUGGUGAUACCAGGUAAAAUCAUAUCCCACAAUCCCAGGCUAAACACUUCCAAGUUAUUGUCAAGCUGGAGGGCUAGCAAUGUUUAUGAUUGUAUGCAAUAUAAAUGGUACAAUGUUUUUCACUACGUAGAAAGCCUUGCUACUCUCUGAACACACAUCAUUUUCCUUCAGAGCUUGUAAAUUGUAGACCUGCUUUUUGAAGGUAUAAAAGCUAGAGUUUUUACUUUGUGGUACAUCAGAAAUGCAUGAUCUGAAAAUGGGAAUUUCCAGCUCUAUGAAAUGCAAUCUAUUGACAAAGCUAUUUAGAAGGAUGGAUUUGUAAAUGCGCUUUUGUUCAAAAUGCUCCUAGCCAAAAUAAAUUUGUGAAAAGCUAUUCUGUUAUAUUCUUUCAGCCAAAUCAGCUGAAUCUUUUUCAUCAAGAAAACUGUACUUUUUAUUUUACUUCAGAAAGAGGAAAACGUACAAAAAGCCCUCUUCACCUAGCGGUAUCUUCUAUGAGUAGUGAAACAAGAAAUUGAUGGCCAAAUAUAGAAAUAAAGAAGUUUUGAAUGACUAUGCAUGUAUAUAAGGCAAGGUUUUUGAAAAAUUUGCCACUGACUCUAACUAGCUUAUCAUCAAGCAUCAGAGCCCUUUGUCAUUUGUAUUGUUUUCAGUUGGCAUCAUUGUUGAGUGCUUGAGUAACACCAACCUCAGCAGG